CGUAAAGUACGGAUAAAUUUGUGCGAACUGUGUGAGUAGCGCGAUACCUCGCUUACGAGUAUAAUUUCCGGGUAGUGUUGUGAAAAAAUAAAAUAAUUAUAAAAGCUGAGUGCAAUUUCGUGUCCGUUAAAGUCGCUUAUUAACAGAAAUGGCUUCUUUGAAAAAGUCCAUCGACUUUAACGACGACGUCGAUUUAGAUGAUGAUGAUUCUUGCUCCGAUUUUGAUGACGAUGAAGAUCCAGAUAAAAUAGAAGUACCAGGCGGUGGUCGUGAUCUACAAACGGCAGUUAUUUACGCUAAAAACAGCGUACACAAAGGAAACAGUAUCGGCAGCAACAACAACAAUAAUAUUAGCAAUAAUAAUAAUUCAUUAUUAACAUCUAAUCAAACGCGUACAAACCGCAUUACCACUACAGCAACAACAAAAACAACAACGGGCGGCAUUUCAGUGUUAAACAACAACAAUAUGCCGAAGAAGAGUGCUGCAGCACCGGCAGCUAUCGGAAUGUCCACCUAUCCAAGCAGUUCUGCUGCCGCUGCUGCAGCCGCAGCCGCAGCGGCCGCAGGCUACCCAGGAUUGCCCUCACUGCCAUUCAGCGCCAGUCAGCUUAUGAAUAUGGCCGGUUUUGCUGUGGCCGGCGGCGCUGGCGCCAAUGGCGGCGGUGGUGGAGGUGGUAGUAGCAUCGGCGUUGGCCCCGGCGGUCUUGGGAGCGUCGGUGGCUUGAGCGCUCUGUUGGCGGCUGGUGCUGGCCUCGGUGGGGCUGGCCUCACCACUCUGCCCAGCGCCACGCUCACCACCAACACAGCUGCCUUGGCAGCUGCAGCCGGUGGUGCAGGUGUAUUGGGCGGUGGAGGCAAUUACUAUCAAACAAAUUCGAAUCUGAAUAUGGCAGCGUCUUUAUUGGCGCAGAUGAGCAUGGGCCUUGGCUUCGAUUCAGCGCCGUCCACCGCAACCAGUAUGGCAUCCAACGCUAUGAGUGGCGCCGUUGCUGGUGGCGGCAGUGCACCAGGCGCAGCGGCGACGCCACCAGCAAAAACGAAUGCACUGAUCAUGCAAAAGAUCCAAGCUUUGGUCGCGGCAAAUCCUUCCUUUCUCACCAGCGGCAUACCAAAUCAUCUGCUGUCGCAGCUCUUCAUGCAGCCAAUGAAGAUGGCGCCGGCGACCGUCACCGCCGCGCCACCUGAGGAAGAGGAAGUCGAUUAUGAGGAAAUGGGCGUAGCCGAGACUUAUGCCGAAUAUUGGCCAGCCAAAUUAAAAUUUGGUAAAAAGCAUCCCGAUCCAGUGGUGGAAACUGCCUCACUAUCUUCCGUCGAGCCCUGUGAUGUUUAUUUUAAACUCUCCAUUCCACCAGAGACCAUUAACAACGGCUAUUUGAGCGCUUUGCAGCUGGAAUCCAUUACAUACGCUUCGCAGGCGCACGAUCAUAUGUUGCAAGAUGGCACACGCGCAGGCUUUCUAAUUGGCGAUGGCGCUGGUGUUGGCAAAGGUCGUACCAUUGCUGGUAUAAUCUACGAGAACUAUUUGAAGGGUCGCAAGAAGGCGCUCUGGAUUUCCGUAUCCAAUGACUUAAAAUAUGAUGCUGAACGGGAUUUGUCGGAUAUCGGCGCGAGCAAAAUCGAAGUGCACGCGCUGAAUAAAUUCAAGUAUGCCAAGAUCUCGUCGGAUGUGAAUAAUAACUGCAAGCGUGGCGUUAUCUUUAGCACUUAUUCCGCGCUCAUUGGUGAAUCUAACAAUAAGACUGGCAAAUAUAAAUCACGCUUAAAGCAGCUGCUGCAAUGGUGUGGCGAAGACUUUGAUGGACUUAUAAUUUUUGAUGAGUGCCACAAGGCUAAGAAUUUGUGUCCCGUUGGUUCGGGCAAACCCACCAAAACUGGCCAAACGGUUUUGGAGCUACAAAAUAAAUUGCCAAAGGCGCGCGUCGUCUAUGCUUCGGCUACAGGAGCUUCGGAGCCCAAGAAUAUGGCGUAUAUGGUGCGCUUGGGCUUGUGGGGUCAGGGCACGGCAUUCCCGAACUUUAAUGAUUUCAUUAUGGCGGUUGAGAAGCGGGGCGUUGGUGCUAUGGAAAUUGUUGCUAUGGAUAUGAAGCUGCGAGGCAUGUACAUAGCCCGCCAACUUAGUUUCCACGGUGUGACAUUCAAAAUUGAGGAGGUGGCAUUGUCCAAAGAGUUCCGCAAGGUCUACGAUCAAUCGGUUGAGUUGUGGGUCGAAGCCAUGCAGAAAUUCACCGAAGCCGCCGAACUGAUUGACGCUGAGAGCCGCAUGAAGAAGACGAUGUGGGGCCAGUUUUGGUCUUCACAUCAACGUUUCUUCAAAUAUCUCUGCAUCGCGGCGAAGGUGAAUCAUGCGGUGCAAGUGGCGCGCGAAGCCAUUAAAUAUGGCAAAUGCGUUGUCAUUGGUCUGCAAUCGACGGGCGAAGCGCGUACGCUCGAGCAACUGGAGAGAGAUGAUGGAGAACUGACUGAUUUCGUGUCUACGGCAAAGGGCGUUUUUCAAUCAUUGGUGGAGAAGCACUUUCCCGCACCCGAUCGUAAUCGAAUCAAUCGCAUACUCGGUCUAGGUAGUUAUUCCGAAAGAAAAAAGUCACCACUGCAAAGCAUACUUGAAGAGGUAACUGCCAAACGCGAGGCCAGCAUCAAAGACGAACCCUGCUCCUCAUCAUCCAGCACAGCGGGCAGUAAGCGUAAGCUAUCGCGCCAAGAGUCACGUACAAAGAAAUCGCGCAAAAAUUCCUGGAACGAUUCAGACGAUGAUUCCCAGAAUGAAUCAGAAGACAGUGAUUACAAAAGGUCCAACUCCGAGUCUGAAGAAUCGGAUGCAGCCGCACAUUCAGACAGCUGCGAAUCCUCCGACUUCAAUCCAUUCUUUAGCGGUUCGGAUAGUGAUAAUGACCCCUGGGUGGCGCGAUCGAAGAAAAAGGCCAAGAAGAAGGUAAAACCGAAAGAGUCAACUGCCUGCAACAACAGUGUAAACACAGGUGUAGCUGGCGCCGUCAAUGCAGCAGGCAAUGGUGCUAUUACGACUGCCAAUGUGGUAGCGCCUAAACGCAAAGGUCCGGUAAGCACACAGGACCGCAUUCAAAAUUUGCUGCAGAAGAAGCAAGAAUUGAAAGGCACCGUUACGCAAGUCGGUGUCAAUGGCAUUAAGCUCAACUAUGGUCCACCGCCCAAAGACGCUAUUGAGCGCGCUUGCAGCAUGAAGGAGGAGUUGUUGCGUAAAAUUGAACGCCUUGGCGAUCGCCUCCCACCGAACACACUCGACCAGCUGAUCGAUGAGCUAGGCGGCCCCGAUAACGUCGCAGAGAUGACAGGCCGCAAGGGGAGAGUAGUGCAGUCAGACGAUGGUUCCAUACAGUAUGAGUCGCGCUCCGAACAAGAUGUACCGCUGGAGACACUCAACAUCACCGAAAAGCAGCGCUUUAUGGCCGGUGAGAAAGAUGUCGCCAUCAUAUCGGAAGCGGCGUCCAGCGGUAUUUCUCUGCAGAGCGAUCGCCGCGUACGCAAUCAACGACGACGCGUACACAUCACGCUGGAACUACCCUGGUCCGCCGAUCGCGCUAUACAGCAGUUCGGACGCACGCAUCGCUCCAAUCAAGUGAAUGCACCCGAGUACAUAUUCCUCAUUUCCGAUUUGGCAGGUGAGCGUCGUUUCGCCUCGACUGUGGCGAAGCGUUUGGAAUCGCUUGGCGCGCUAACACAUGGCGAUCGUAGGGCCACCGAGACCCGCGACUUAUCACAAUUCAAUAUCGAUAACAAAUACGGACGCACGGCCCUAGAGACCGUAAUGAAAACGAUUAUGGGUUAUGAAUCGCCUCUGGUGCCACCACCCGUCGACUACAAGGGCGAUUUCUUCAAGGACAUCGCUGGCGCGCUAGUGGGCGUGGGCAUUAUAGUGAAUAGUGAAACAAAUCCGGGCGUUUUGAGUUUAGACAAGGAGUACAACAAUAUUUCGAAAUUCUUGAAUCGCAUACUCGGCAUGCCAGUGGAGCUGCAGAACAGAUUAUUUAAGUACUUCACCGACACGCUGACGGCCAUAAUAAAUCAGGCGAAACGCGGUGGUCGCUUUGAUUUGGGCAUCUUAGAUUUGGGCGCUGCUGGUGAGAAUGUAACGCGCAUUAAACUUGUCCGCUUCAUACGUAAACACGCCACCGGCAAAGCACCAGCCGAGCUGCAUACGGUGCGGGUUGAACGCGGCAUGAUCUGGCAAGAAGCAAUUGACAAAUAUGCUGAUUUGAUCAGCGAGUAUGAGGGCUUCUAUGUGUCGCAUCAGGUGCGCAACGGUAAACGCACUGCUAUUUUGGCUGUUGAAAUUGAAGCGCCACAAACGCAACAGCAAUCCAACAGCAAGAAAAAGGAGAAGGGGAUGAGCAAGAAAGAUAUGAUGUUCCAGAUAUAUCGUCCCAACACUGGGCUGCAAGUGCGCCACGAAUCGUUGACGGAGCUGGAGAAGAAGUACAAGAAGGUGCCCAGCGAGGAGGCAGAACCGCACUGGACGCAGCAAUACGAUGCAUCGGUGAACACAUGUUCGCACGCCUACUGGAAUGGCAAUUGUCGCAACGUCAACUUAGGCAAUGAGUGUGAGGUUGGUCUGCGUCAGCGUCUGUAUUAUGUGCUAGCCGGGUCGGUGCUUUCCGUUUGGACGCGCGUUGAGCAGGUGUUAGCCAUGCGCAAUGCCAACAACAAAAUGCAAGUAAUACGAAUGAAAACCACCGAAGGUGAGAAAAUUGUCGGUACGCUUAUACCGAAAUCGUGUCACGAGCUGCUGCUGCAAGAUCUCAAAUCCGAUGCAGAGCGAAUUGAGGAAAUCAAAUUCUAAGUUGUAGUGAACGAAAUAUUAACAAAGACAUAUACGUGGAGGCAAAAUCAUAAAGAUAUCAGAAAAAGAAGUGGAAAAGAAGAGAAAACCCACAAACACGGCCAAUCCAAUGAAGCGCAAAAGGCUUAAGUCAUUUAUCAAAGUAUAAAAAAGGAAAUAAUAACCUUUUUUCCAUUUAUGUUUUCUAUUUAUGUUUCCUGAGCCAUUUAGUGCGUAGUGAAUAGAAUGUAAUUUUUAGUUAUAAUGCGGCGUCAGCGCAACUGCAGCAAAACCACUUAGUUAUUUAACAACAACAACCUACGUCCAAGUAAUUGCAUAUUUACAUCACAAUCUUGUGAUGGGCGUGACAUGGCAUUACUUCUACAUUGUAAAUGUUAUUAUAAAUUAAAGAAAAACAUGCCUACAUACAAAUGUAUGCAAAGCAAAUAGAAAACAAACGAAAAAUAAGUAAAGAAAAAUUGCAAAUCGGAUAAAACCAGCUGCAUCCAGUGCAUAUCCAGCCAUGUGCGUGCAAAAAUGUUCGUCUGUACGGUCCUGUUUGCAAUGCAUACUUAUUAUUAUAUAUAAAAUAGUGCGAGUAUAUGUAAAUGUGUAUUUCCGCGUGCGCCGUGGCCCUUGCGAAGGGUAUGCAGGCGCAUCUACUUAGCCUUUAGUAUCGUAUUUAAAUAGAUGCCUAACGUAACUUUUAUUAUUACUAUUAUUAUUAUAAAAACUCCUUAUGUUUAACGCAAAUUCACUUCGUGGAAGCAGUGAAUUUGCAAAAGCCAAGUUUUUUGCAAAGAAAAAUGAUUCUAUCAUUCAUACAAAUGAAAACGCUUAUCAAUGGACUUUUUUUGUUGUAAUAUAUUAUGUAUUUAAUUUUAAACUAUAAACAUUACAAUUACAAACUACAAUUUAAUAUAUAAUACAUACCUACAUAUAUCAGAAAUUAUUGCUUAUAAACAAUAAUAAAACAAACUAUAAACAAAU